CGAACACACGUCGCGUGAUUGCAGCGCAUUCACUGACGAUCACUGUCAGACGUUGACAAGGCAAAGAUGAGGCUAGAAUCAGCCCUCUCGCUUGCACUUUUCUUCGGAGUGGGCGCUCGACCCUUUGGCAGCCCUGAACCUUAUCUUUCUCCUGUUAGCUUGCCAUACAUAUCCGAACAUAUUAUAUACUGGUUCCAUCGAGCUUGCCUCUUCAUGCGCCCCUCUCACGUUAAUUGCACUGAUGGGGACGUCGCUCAUCACUCAGACAGGCUCACUUCGAGUGGGUUGAGCUGGCAGGUAGGGUCUGGAUUAUUUGGGCCAUUUGGGUGGGGAGAAAACGAUGUCACUGUUGUCGACCGGAACCCCCCGGUGUCUUACGCCAGCAGAACUGCCGCGUUUGGGCCACGAAUAACUCAAACCCCAGGUCUUUUGGGAUAUGUGAUACCCCUCUCAUCUUUCAUGCAUCCCUGCAAUCAAGACGUUACAAUACCUUCUCGUCUUCCCAGGCUCACGAUGGUUGAACCAGAACCUGUCAAUUUUGGUUGUCCCGAUCUUUGUCCAUUUCGUACCGAUCAACACCCGGAUCAAUCUGAGGCUUGGAUCGCGCUCGUUCAGCGGGGAAAUUGUUCCUUCACCGCCAAAGUACGCGAGGCCGCGAGGUUAGGUGCGCGAGCUGUCGUAGUGGGAGGUAGCCCUAACAAUGCGGAAGGAGAUGAAUUAAUUACGAUGUACAGCCCCGAUCCCUCUGGUGACAUCAGUAUUCCCGCUACAUACAUUACCCAUGCCUCAUAUACAUCCCUCCUGUCAACAAUUGAAGCAUCCAACACUACCAUUUCUGGUUUGAAGACAGUUUCUCUUUUACUAUCAUCAGAUGAGAUAUGGCAAUGGCCACUGCUCACUCUCUCCAUAUUACUUCUCCUCCCAUCAAUCAUGACGCUUACGACGCUCUUAAUCCAUCGAAUACGGCAAGCGCGAGCAGAAAGAUUGGAGCGGGCCCCAGAAGACAUCGUGAACUCUCUUCCCUCGGGCAUUUGGACAAGUGAUGGCCUUGAGUUCGACGACGUGAGGAAGGGGGUAAAAGUCGUUACUCACAACUCUCGUGUGCCCCUUGGCGAUGAGACGGUCCCUGCCGUCAUAAGUGAGGAAGAUAUAAUAGGGUUUCAUAGGGGGACUCCUGUGCAGAAAGUCGAGGGAGCUCAAGAUGACGAGGCACAGCUCAACAAAGCGCAACUUGAUGCUAUCACUGCACCUUCUCCCGCUGAAGGAAGGGCGGAAGCUUCAGCCACUGCUGCUACCAAGAGAAUGCCCCUCGGUCAGCGGCUGACUCCUGUGGAUGGCUUUGGACGGAGGUACCUGAAGAAGGCCUGGUUUAGCGCCCAAUCUGAGUGUGCCAUCUGUCUGUCUGAUUUUGAGAGAGGGGACAUGGUUCGGAUCCUUCCCUGUGGACACAUAUUCCACCGUGACGAGGUGGAUUCGUGGCUGACACAGCGGAAAAAGCUGUGCCCUGUGUGCAAGGCAGAUAUCACGAUUGCAUCCAAACCUCCUUCGUUGCGAUCACCAAGUCCUGCUCGCCUGGCCUCCGUGCCUCUGCCUAUUGGCGAUGCGGAAGAUUCUGACCAGAUGACAUCAUCUCUAGCUUCGUCUCCAGUUGCUUCGACGCCAAAUCCUUCACCAAACGAACGUACACCUCUCCUCAACCAACAAAGCUAAAUAUGAACGCCGAGUUGCUAUAUUUCUGAUUAGUGUAUGUAUGUUCUGAUUGGUCUCCAGUCUUCUGGAGCUUUCUUACUGGGAUACA